UCAUGUACUGUUCAGACCCCGGCCACGUGGAGCACUCCACCCGGUCUCUGUCCGACCCCAAACUCUUAGUGGGGACGACCAUUCAGUACAGCUGCAACCCCGGCUUCAUCCUGCAGGGCGGCGCCACAAUCACCUGCUACGGACGCGAACCGGGGACCCCCGUGUGGACGUCUCGCCUCCCUCACUGCGUCACUGAGGAUUCUGUUUCCUGUGAAAACCCCGGUCUCCCUGACAACGGCUACCAGAUCCUGUCCAAGAGGCUCUACCUGCCAGCAGAGUCGCUCACCUUCGUUUGUUACCAAGGUUACGAGCUCAUCGGGGAGGUGGCUAUAAAGUGCAUCCUGGGGAACCCGUCGUUUUGGAGCGGUCCACUUCCUCUCUGCAGGGAACGAUGUCUUGCAGCCAACCAUGACUGCUUUGGCAACCAUGCUUUAGAAGUUGCCGAGGCGACUGCAGGCUCCACUCUGGACGGAGGGAACAUAGCGCUCGCCAUCUUCAUCCUGGUUCUUCUUCUCUCCGUGCUGCUCGGAGGAGUUUACGUCUACGUCACACGAUGUCGGUAUCACUCCAACUUAAGGCUUCCUCUGAUCUACCCUCACCCGUACCGACAGAUCACUGUGGAGACCGAGUUCGACAACCCGCUGUACGAGACGGGAGGGCAGGACACUCGGGAAUAUGAAGUAUCGAUAUGAGAAAACUUCACUUAAAGACAUUUCUAAACCAGGACUGACCGCCCCCCCCUCCCGACUCCUCGCCCCCCUCCUCCUCCCUCCUUCUCCGUCCAGGAGGAGGCGUUGUAAAUACAAACAGAUGAUGUCCAGCCCCUUCUGCCCGGGAGACGCCGUGAUCCAUCCUGUUCUCUCCUCCUUUUGGCCGGACAAGUCUCAUGGCGUGAUGAUGAUAAAUCGGAGAGAGAAAACAGGAAGUGGGAGGAGACAGAAGAGUCCGUGUUUGUGGAUCAGUGUCGCUGGGAGAUGAUUGGAGAUGGAGGACAGAGGAGAAUAAAAAAAGACCCAAAGAUCAUCAAACGUGGUGAGAGACGUGGAGAUGUUUGGUGUGAAAUGUGAAAAAGAAGUGAAGGAGGGGAGAAGGGGGGAGGAGUUAGGGGACAGGAAACAGGAGGGAUCGGGACCUCAAAGCUCUUUUUUUUGUAUUUUUUUUUCAAAGGAAUUAAAGCAAAAAGUCCUGAAACAUGUGUCAGAGCAGGAGGGAGAAUAAAGGCUGCGAUCGUUUAGAUUCAGACUCCAUGUUUGAUACUACUGACGGCUGUUUUCUCAUGGUUAGCAGCAGCAGUGCACCCCCCCCCCUCCUGUGCUGGAUUAAAACGUCUUAACACACACACACAGGACUCACAGGAGGCGCCCCGUACUUCCAUGUUUGCUGUUCUUUCAGAGCUGGAUUUAGUUUCACACAACAUCUUCAACUGCUGCUGCUUUAAACACUUAAAGACAAAGAAAAGGUUUUGAGUUAUGGUCCAACGUGUUUGUACAAUUUAGAGACAGUGUGCAAGAAAAUGGUGGACUGCCCCUCCAGGUGGGGAGCGGGUCUUUGUCCCCAAGUGGAGGAGGAGUUUUAGUAACUCGGGGUCAUGAGCUUUGGGUAGUGACCAAAAGAAUAAGAGUGCUGAUACAAGCGUCUGAAAUGAGUUUCCUCUGGAGGGUGUCUGGGCUCAGCCUAUGAGAGAGGGGGAGGAGCUUAGACAUUCAAGGGGAGGAGCUUAGACAUUCAGGGGGAGCUUGGAGCCAAAUGAGGUGGUUCAGGUAUCUGAUCAGGAUCCUCCUGGUCGCCUCCCUUUGGAGGUUUUCCUGGCAUGCCCAACUGGGAGGAGACCCCGGGGUAGAUCCAGAGUUCACUGGAGGGAUUAGAUAUCCUGUCUGGCCUGGCCUGGGAACGCCUCGGGAUCCAAUAGGAGGAGGAGCUGGAAAAUCUCGCUUGGAGCUCGGAUAAGAGGAAGAAAACGGGCUGGAUGGAAACUCAAGGAAUGGCCCAAUAUUGGGUUUCCUUUAGACUUCUAUUUUUGUUGCCGUGGUUUUGUCACAAGGUCUUGAUAGCGUCUGAUUUAAAUGGUAUUUGAAUUUUAACAUUCUGUUGUCAUGACGACCCUCGUCUGAACAAGCAGAAAUGCCCCUCUCUCUGUUGCCAUGGUAUUCAGUAUCCAAAUAAUCUGGACUGAAAUCUUAAGGGGAUAAAACUUUUGGGUUUCUUGGGGACACGUUGAGGUAGAGAGGAGGGGGGUCACCACCUGUCGCUUUAAAAUGAUAAAAACAGCGAGGAAAUAACGGAGGGUGGCUUUGAUAACUAGUCUGACACAGGAUGUGGUGCUGUCUCCUGUCCCUGAACCCCCCCCCCCCCCCGCCGCCCCGCCCGCGGUCACCUUGGAGGUUUUUUCAUCUGCAGCCAGUCCAGCUCUGGUGUUAGCUGUAGUUUAAUGGUUUUUAAAACCUCUGACUCUCAGGCCGGGGAGGUGCUGGGGUCUUAUUUCUCACGUGUAGUUCAAGUGAUGACUGUCAGAGCGGCCUCAGGGGUCCCCCAGGUCCGCGCCCGGCUGAUGAUCGAAAACAGGAAACUGAAAAAAAACAUGCACUGUUGCAGAUGUGGAGGUUGAAAUGUGAAUAGAGUAGCUGUAGUUAACAGACCGAUCAAUCAACCCCCCACCAGAUGAUGUAUUUAUUUUGAUGUACUGUAUAUGUGACGUUUUAUGAAAAUUGAUAAAUGUACAUUUUCAUUAUGAGAAGACAAAUGUUAACAGUUUCCCAAAAUAAAGACGUAAAACUUCAAUAAAAAGUACAAAACACUUUUUAAA